AUGGCAUCGUUACCUCCUCCCCCACCUCCUGGAUGGGGUGCAUCGGCACCUCCUUCGAUGCCUUUGGCUCCUCCGCCGCCCGGUUAUCAACCGCCUGCUGAUCCAACUGUCGCGAAGUUCGCCCAGAAGAAGAAUGAGUGGCUACGGAUGCAACGCAACCGGUUUGGAGAGAAGCGGAAGGCUGGCUUCGUUGAAACCCAGAAGGCGGACAUGCCGCCAGAGCACCUGCGAAAGAUCGUAAGAGAUAUUGGCGAUGUAUCGCAGAAGAAAUUCAGCAACGAGAAGCGUAGCUAUCUUGGUGCUCUCAAGUUCAUGCCCCAUGCGGUCUUGAAGCUGUUGGAGAACAUGCCCAUGCCCUGGGAGUCUGCUAAAGAGGUGAAGGUGCUCUACCACGUGAACGGCUGUCUCACACUCGUGAAUGAGACACCGAGGGUGAUCGAACCGGUUUUCCAUGCCCAGUGGGCAACCAUGUGGGUUUGCAUGAGGAGGGAAAAGAGCGAUCGCAGGCACUUCAAGCGUAUGCGCUUUCCGCCCUUCGACGAUGAAGAACCUCCGCUCUCGUGGUCGGAAAAUAUUGAAGAUGUUGAGCCUCUGGAGCCGAUUCAGAUGGAGCUCGAUGAGUCUGAAGAUGGCCCUGUCUAUGAAUGGUUUUAUGACCAACGUCCUCUCCUCGAUACCUCCAAUGUCAAUGGGCCAAGCUAUAAGAAGUGGAACCUGACCCUCCCACAAAUGGCGACUCUCUACCGACUAAGUCAUCAACUGCUGAGUGACGUGGUUGACAGAAACUACUUCCACAUGUUCGACCUAAAUAGCUUCUUCACCGCUAAAGCCUUGAAUGUCGCUAUACCUGGUGGCCCGCGUUUCGAGCCUUUGUAUAAGGACAUCGACCCCAAUGACGAAGACUUCAGUGAAUUCAACGCCAUCGACCGUAUCAUCUUCCGCGCUCCCAUUCGAACCGAGUACAGAGUCGCAUAUCCUUUCCUGUAUAAUACCCUGCCAAGAAGUGUUGAGGUUUCUUGGUUCUCUCACCCUCAAAUUGUAUAUGUUCGAACCGAAGACCCCAACCUCCCUGCUUUCUAUUUCGACCCUGUAAUUAAUCCGAUUUCUUCUCGAUCUGUUGCGCCCAAAAACAUCACGGUGAGCCACGAGGAUGAGAUUUUUGGCCUGGAUAAUGAGGACGACUUUGAGCUUCCGGCAGAGAUGGAGCCCUUCUUCGCAGAUGAGGAACUCUACACUCCUGAAACGGCUUCCGCUAUUGCGCUUUGGUGGGCUCCUCAUCCCUUUAACAAGCGCUCUGGAAAGAUGGUCCGUGCGCAAGAUGUGCCAUUGGUCAAGCAAUGGUAUUUGGAGCAUUGUCCGCAGGGCCAGCCUGUCAAGGUCCGGGUGUCCUACCAGAAGCUUCUCAAGACCUAUGUGUUGAAUGAGUUGCACAAGAAGAAGCCCAAGGCCCAGAGUAAGCAGAAUUUGCUGAGGACCCUGAAGUCAACCAAGUUCUUCCAGCAGACGACCAUCGACUGGGUUGAGGCUGGAUUGCAAGUUUGCCGCCAGGGUUUCAACAUGCUCAACCUGCUGAUCCAUCGCAAGAAUUUGACCUACUUGCAUCUCGACUACAACUUCAACUUGAAACCAGUCAAGACCCUGACAACCAAGGAACGAAAGAAGUCUCGGUUUGGAAAUGCGUUCCAUCUCAUGAGAGAAAUUUUGCGUCUUACGAAGUUGAUUGUUGAUGCGCAAGUUCAAUAUCGUCUUGGCAACAUCGAUGCUUUUCAACUUGCUGACGGUAUUCUUUAUGCUUUCAACCAUGUUGGCCAGCUGACCGGUAUGUACCGGUACAAGUACAAGUUGAUGCAUCAAAUCCGUUCUUGCAAGGACUUGAAGCAUUUGAUCUACUACCGGUUCAACUCUGGCCCGGUUGGUAAAGGUCCUGGAUGUGGUUUCUGGGCGCCAGCCUGGCGCGUCUGGCUGUUCUUCAUGCGUGGUAUCAUCCCUCUGCUUGAGAGAUGGCUCGGAAACUUGCUAUCUCGUCAGUUCGAGGGUCGUCACAGCAAGGGUGUUGCGAAGACAGUGACCAAGCAGCGUGUGGAGUCUCACUUCGAUCUUGAGCUCCGUGCUUCUGUCAUGGCUGAUCUCAUGGACAUGAUGCCCGAGGGUAUCAAACAGAAUAAAGUCAACACUGUUCUCCAGCACCUGUCGGAAGCGUGGAGAUGCUGGAAGAGUAACAUUCCAUGGAAGGUCCCCGGUCUUCCCGCUCCUAUUGAGAACAUCAUCCUGCGCUAUGUCAAGAGCAAAGCUGAUUGGUGGAUUUCCGUUGCUCAUUACAACCGUGAGCGAAUCCGCCGUGGUGCGACAGUGGACAAGACUGUUGCCAAGAAGAACCUUGGUCGACUCACUCGACUUUGGCUGAAGUCGGAGCAGGAAAGGCAGCAUAACUACCUUAAGGAUGGACCAUACGUUUCGUCGGAAGAGGCCGUGGCCAUCUAUACCACGAUGGUGCAUUGGCUGGAGUCCCGCAAAUUCUCUCCGAUUCCCUUCCCCAGUGUUUCGUACAAGCAUGAUACCAAGAUCUUGAUUCUUGCGCUGGAACGUCUUCGUGAAGCUUACUCCGUCAAGGGCAGGCUCAAUCAGAGCCAGAGAGAGGAACUUGCGCUCAUUGAGCAAGCUUACGACUCCCCUGGAACAACACUGGCCCGAAUCAAGAGAUUCCUCUUGACCCAGAGAGCGUUCAAGGAAGUGGGCAUCGACAUGAAUGAUAAUUACAGCAAUAUCAACCCAGUGUAUGACGUUGAGCCCAUUGAGAAGAUCACAGAUGCCUAUCUGGACCAAUACCUGUGGUAUCAGGCAGAGCAGCGCCACCUCUUCCCCGCUUGGAUCAAGCCAUCGGAUUCUGAAGUUCCUCCACUUCUCACGUACAAGUGGGCACAAGGUAUCAACAACUUGUCCAAUGUAUGGGAGACUGCCGAUGGUGAGACGAACGUGAUGAUCGAGACGGAGCUGUCUAAAGUGUACGAGAAGAUCGAUUUGACUCUUCUGAACCGUCUACUUCGCUUGAUCAUGGAUCAUAACUUGGCUGACUAUAUCACAUCCAAGAAUAACGUCCAGCUUAGCUACAAAGAUAUGAACCACACAAACAGCUACGGAUUGAUCCGAGGCCUUCAGUUUUCCGGCUUUGUUUUCCAGUUCUACGGCCUGAUGAUCGACUUGCUGCUGCUUGGAUUGCAGAGAGCUAGUGAAAUGGCAGGUCCACCUCAAAGCCCCAAUGAUUUCCUCCAGUUCAGAGACCGGGCUACGGAGACCAGACACCCCAUCCGUCUGUACACUCGCUAUGUUGACAGGAUUUGGGUCUUUUUCAGAUUCUCGGCAGACGACUCAAGGGACCUAAUACAGCGUUUCCUGACGGAGAAUCCCGACCCGAACUUCGAAAAUGUCAUUGGGUACAAAAACAAGAAGUGUUGGCCACGCGAUUGUCGCAUGCGCUUGAUGCGACACGACGUCAAUCUUGGUCGCGCUGUAUUCUGGGAUUUGAAAAAUCGCCUGCCAAGGUCUAUUACAACAAUCGAAUGGGAUGAUACAUUCGCUAGUGUCUAUAGCAAGGACAACCCCAACCUCCUGUUCUCUAUGUCUGGAUUCGAGGUUCGCAUUCUCCCGAAGAGUCGCAACCAGAACGAAGAGUUUUCGGUUAAGGAUAGCGUCUGGUCUCUGGUCAAUAACGCAACCAAGGAGCGCACGGCACACGCUUUCCUUCAGGUUACCGAGGAGGAUAUCCAGAAGUUUAACAACCGCAUCCGUCAAAUCCUAAUGUCAUCGGGCUCGACUACAUUCACCAAGAUUGCGAACAAAUGGAACACGGCAUUGAUUGCACUCUUCACUUACUAUCGCGAAGCUGCAGUUUCCACUGUCAACCUUCUGGACACAAUCGUCAAAUGUGAAACGAAGAUCCAAACCCGUGUCAAGAUUGGGCUUAACUCCAAGAUGCCGUCUCGUUUCCCCCCUGCUGUCUUUUACACGCCUAAAGAACUGGGAGGUCUCGGUAUGAUCUCCGGAUCACAUAUCCUCAUCCCCGCUAGCGACAAGCGGUGGUCGAAGCAAACAGAUACGGGGAUUACUCACUUCCGAGCCGGUAUGUCUCACGACGAGGAAACUCUGAUUCCCAACAUUUUCCGCUACAUCAUUCCCUGGGAAGCGGAAUUCAUUGACUCUCAGAGAGUGUGGAUGGAGUAUUCCCAGAAACGUCAGGAGGCCCAGCAACAGAAUCGCCGUUUGACAUUAGAAGAUCUAGAAGACAGCUGGGACCGUGGUCUCCCACGUAUCAAUACCCUGUUCCAGAAAGAUCGCAGCACGCUCAGCUUUGACAAGGGAUUCCGUCUUCGGGCCGAAUUCAAGCAGUACCAGCUGAUGAAGAGCAACCCAUUUUGGUGGACAAGUCAGCGUCACGACGGUAAAUUGUGGAAUCUGAACGCCUACCGUACAGACGUUAUUCAGGCCCUUGGUGGUGUUGAAACAAUCCUGGAGCACACUCUGUUCAAGGCAACAGCUUUCCCGUCGUGGGAGGGUCUCUUCUGGGAGAGAGCAUGUCUUGCCAAGGGGACGCAGCUGUUGCGAUACGACAGUACUCUGAUCAACGUCGAAGAUGUCAAAGAAGGAGAUCUACUUCUCGGUCCUGACGGCGGGCCUCGACGCGCUUUCAACAUUGUCAGUGGUCGUGAUCGUCUCUAUCGUAUCAAGAUUGGCUCAGGCAAAGAAGAUCUCGUCGUCACCCCAAACCAUAUUCUGGUUCUUCGCCGAGAGAAGACUUCGGACGCAGAGCAACUUGACACUUCGAAGCUCUACGAGACUGUGGAGAUGACCGCCGCUGAUUAUGCUGCCCUUGAUCCUAAGGAAAGGAGACAGUAUCUAGCCUUCAGAUGUCCUGACUUGGAGUUGGCCGCGCAGGCCGUGCCGUUAAAAUCUCAUAAUUACACUAUCGAAGAUAUUUGCCUCGAACCUGAGGCGACAGAGUGGGCGGGCUUCCGAGUCGACAAAGACCAACUCUAUCUGCGACACGAUUAUGUUGUAUUGCAUAACAGCGGUUUCGAAGAGUCAAUGAAGUUCAAGAAGCUUACCAAUGCCCAGAGAUCUGGUCUGAACCAAAUUCCUAACCGUCGGUUCACUCUCUGGUGGUCUCCUACCAUCAAUCGUGCCAACGUCUAUGUCGGUUUCCAGGUGCAGCUGGAUCUCACGGGUAUCUUCUUGCACGGAAAGAUUCCGACCUUGAAGAUCUCUUUGAUUCAGAUCUUCCGUGCUCACUUGUGGCAAAAGAUUCACGAGUCCGUUGUCAUGGAUCUGUGUCAAGUCUUCGAUCAGGAACUCGAACAGCUCGGUAUCGAAGCUGUUCAGAAGGAGACAAUCCACCCACGUAAGUCGUAUAAGAUGAACAGCUCGUGUGCAGAUAUCCUACUGUUCGCGACGAACAAGUGGAACGUGACGCGGCCUUCGCUAUUGUUCGACACAAAGGACGUGUACGAGCCCACUACGACAAAUAAAUUUUGGCUAGACGUGCAGUUGAGGUACGGCGAUUACGAUUCUCAUGACAUUGAGAGAUACGUUCGUGCCAAGUACCUGGACUACACUACCGACAGCAUGAGCAUCUAUCCUUCUGCCACUGGGUUGAUGAUCGGUAUCGACCUUGCAUACAACCUCUACUCGGCUUAUGGACAGUACUUCCCUGGGUUGAAGACCUUGAUCCAGCAGGCCAUGGCGAAGGUCAUGAAGGCCAACCCCGCCUUGUAUGUGCUGCGAGAGCGUAUCCGCAAGGGUCUGCAGCUUUAUGCUUCGGAAAGCAACCAGGAGUUCCUCAACUCGCAGAACUACUCGGAGCUUUUCAGUCCGCAGAUCCAGCUGUUCAUUGACGAUACCAAUGUCUACCGUGUCACCAUCCACAAGACCUUCGAAGGGAACCUUACAACCAAGCCCAUCAAUGGUGCCAUUUUCAUUUUCAAUCCUAGGACUGGCCAGCUGUUCCUAAAGAUCAUCCACACUAGCGUUUGGGCUGGACAGAAGCGUCUGGGUCAGCUGGCGAAAUGGAAGACGGCGGAAGAAGUGGCUGCGCUUAUUCGAUCUUUGCCGGUCGAAGAACAGCCAAAGCAGCUGAUCGUCACCCGGAAGGGUCUUCUGGAUCCCCUCGAGGUUCACCUGCUCGACUUCCCCAAUAUUUCGAUCCGUGCUUCCGAACUUCAACUGCCGUUCCAGGCUGCUAUGAAAGUCGAAAAGCUUGCUGACAUGAUCCUUCGCGCGACCGAGCCGCAGAUGGUUCUAUUCAACCUUUACGAUGAAUGGUUAAAGUCAAUCUCGCCAUACACCGCUUUCUCUAGGUUGAUCCUCAUUCUGCGAGCACUCCAUGUGAAUAUCGACAAAGCCAAGAUCAUUCUCCGACCCGACAAGACUGUCAUCACGCAGGAGCAUCACAUCUGGCCCUCUCUUUCUGAUGAAGAUUGGAUCAAGGUGGAAGUACAGCUGCGCGAUCUUAUUUUGAAUGACUACGGCAAGAAGAACAAUGUCAACGUCCAGAGCUUGACCAGCAGCGAAGUUAGGGAUAUUAUCCUUGGUAUGGAAAUCAGUGCGCCGUCAUUGCAGCGGCAGCAGGCGGCAGAGAUCGAAAAGCAGCAGGAGGAACAGAAGCAGCUCACGGCUGUUACCACGAAAACUCAGAACGUGCGCGGGGAGGAAAUCAUUGUAACCACCACGUCUCAGUACGAACAGCAGUCGUUCGCGUCGAAGACCGAAUGGCGCACGCGGGCCAUUGCCACCUCCAACCUCCGCACUAGGGCGAACAACAUCUACAUUUCCUCCGAUGACCUCCGCGACGAGGGCUACACUUACAUCAUGCCCAAGAAUGUCCUCAAGCGAUUUAUUACUAUCGCCGAUCUUCGAGUGCAAGUUGCAGGUUAUCUCUACGGCAGCUCGCCCCCCGAUAAUGAUCAGGUGAAGGAAAUCCGCACGAUCGUCAUGAUCCCGCAAGUUGGCAGCACGCGAGAGGUCCAGCUGUCUCAGCAACUGCCGCAGCACGACUACCUGAAUAACUUGGAGCCCCUGGGAGUGAUCCACACAAUUUCCGGCAACGAGCCGCCGUACAUGACUCCAAUGGAUGUCACCCACCAUGCUCGCUUGAUGAAUGAGCACCCGUCAUGGGAUAAGAAGACCGUGACGAUGACCGUUUCAUUCACGCCGGGAUCUGUAUCUUUGGCGGCCUGGGGGCUGACGCCUCAAGGUUACAAGUGGGGGGCAGAGAACAAGGAUACGACGUCGGACCAGCCACAGGGGUUCUCGACCAGCAUGGGAGAAAAGUGCCAGCUGCUUCUUAGUGACAAAAUCCGCGGGUACUUCCUGGUGCCAGAGGAUAAUGUCUGGAACUAUAGCUUCAUGGGAAGCUCCUUUGGCACUGUGGAGAAGCGGCCAGUAUAUGUCAAGAUCGACACGCCCUUGAGAUUCUAUGAUGAUCAGCAUCGCCCACUGCACUUCCAGAACUUUGCUGAGCUGGAGGACAUUUGGGUUGAUCGAUCUGAUAACUUUGCGUAA